AAGGAGCAGCAACUGGAAAACAAGCAUUGCAUUGCAUCAGGAUGUCUAUGAAAUGGACUUCAGCUCUUCUGCUGAUACAGCUGAGCUGUUACUUGAGCUCUGGGAAUUGUGGAAAGGUCCUGGUGUGGCCCACAGAAUUCAGCCAUUGGAUGAAUAUAAAGACAAUCCUGGAUGAGCUUGUCCAGAGAGGUCAUGAGGUGACUGUAUUGGCAUAUUCACCUUCCAUUCUUCCUGGUCCCAACAACCCAUCUGCUCUUAAAUUUGAAAUUUGUCCGACAUCUUUAACUGAAACUGAGUUUGAGGAUAGCGUCACACAACUGGUUAAGAGAUGGUCAGACAUUCCAAAAGACACAUUUUGGCCACAUUUUUUACAAGUACAAGAAAUGAUGUGGACAUAUGGUGACAUGAUUAGAAAGUUCUGUAAAGAUGUGGUUUCUAAUAAGAAACUUAUGAAGAAACUACAGGAGUCAAGAUUUGAUGUUGUUCUUGCAGAUGCUGUUUCCCCCUGUGGUGAGCUGCUGGCCGAGCUACUUAAAAUACCCUUUGUGUACAGCCUCCGCUUCUCUCCUGGCUACGCGAUUGAAAAGCAUGGUGGAGGAUUUCUGUUCCCUCCUUCCUACGUACCUGUUGUUAUGUCAGAAUUUAGUGAUCAAAUGAGUUUCAUGGAGAGAGUAAAAAAUAUGAUCUAUAUGAUUUAUUUUGACUUUUGGUUUCAAGCAUGGGAUACGAAGAAGUGGGGUCAGUUUUACAGUGAAGUUCUAGGAAGACCUACUACAUUAUUCGAGACAAUGGCAAAAGCUGAAAUAUGGCUUAUUCGAAACUACUGGGAUUUUCAAUUUCCUCACCCACUCUUACCACAUGUUAAGUUAGUUGGAGGACUCCACUGCAAACCUGCCAAACCCCUACCUAAGGAAAUGGAAGAGUUUGUCCAGAGCUCUGGAGACAAUGGUGUUGUGGUGUUUUCUCUGGGGUCGAUGAUCAGUAACAUGUCAGAAGAAAGGGCCAACGUAAUUGCAUCAGCACUCGCCAAGAUCCCACAAAAGGUUUUGUGGAGAUUUGAUGGGAAUAAACCAGAUACCUUAGGACUCAAUACUCAGCUGUACAAGUGGCUACCCCAGAAUGAUCUUCUUGGUCAUCCAAAAACCAGAGCUUUUAUAACUCAUGGUGGAGCCAAUGGCAUCUGCGAGGCGAUCUACCAUGGAAUUCCCAUGGUGGGCGUUCCAUUGUUUGCAGAUCAGCUUGAUAACAUUGCUCACAUGAAGGCCAAGGGUGCAGCUGUUAGUCUGGACUUCAACACAAUGUCGAGUACAGACUUACUCCAUGCACUGAAAACUGUAAUUAAUGACCCUUUAUAUAAAGAGAAUGCUAUGAAAUUAUCAAGCAUUCAUCAUGAUCAACCAGUGAAGCCCCUGGAUCGAGCAGUCUUCUGGAUUGAAUUUGUCAUGCGCCAUAAAGGAGCCAAACACCUUCGGGUUGCUGCCUACGACCUCACCUGGUUCCAGUACCACUCUUUGGAUGUGAUUGGGUUCCUGCUGGCCUGUGUGGCAACUGUGAUUUUCAUCAUCACAAAAUGUCUGUUUUGUGUCUGGAAGUUUGUUAGAACAGGAAAGAAGGGAAAAAGAGAUUAAUUAUGUCUGAGGUUGGAAGCUGCAAAAUCCGAUAAAUGAGAUUCCUUCAGUUUAUUACAACAAGAAGAGGUCGUGAUACAAGAUUCCUUUCUUCUUGUCAUAAAACAUCUUUCAAAAUUUACCUUUUCAAGUCUAAAUUUCUUUUUUAGAGAUUUAGUACCUGUUUAACUAUUAGAAAUAUUUCACUUCAAGGAGGAAAACAUUAGGGAAAAUAAAAUGAUAUAAAGUCAUAUGAGCUUAUAUUGAAAUUUAUUGAGCUUAUAUUGAAAUUUAUUGUUUUACUUCACAGUUUAUAUGAAAAAAUGUACUAAACAUAAUUACAUAUCACACACUGUACGUGGAAACAAGAACAUUAAGAAGUGCACUGACAGUAUCAAUACUGUUUUGCACAUACUCAGCAUAUUUUGGAUUCAUUUCAUGCAGGAUUGUUUCGUUUUAACUGUCUCUGAGGAAACUAUUAAAUAAUUAGAUUGUAUAAAAAGUCUCUCUCUUCCUCUUGAUAUUUUGAGAUGAGUGGUGCUGCUUGGUUUUAUUGUGCAUCCAGCUUCAGCGUCACUUUUUUUCCUAAAAGGUGUGAUAAAAAUGCUUACCAUUUUAGAGCUUCAGUCAUUUCCCAGUGGAAAGUAUGUG